CGAUUGCUACUGCAAAUCACGAAUCUUAAUGAGGAUAAAAGCAAAGGAAACAAAGAUGUGAUUAGCAUUGAAUCGAGCAUUGCAUCAGCAUUCAACUUGCCUACUUACUCCGAGGUGGUGAUGCGAAUCAUUGAUCCAGCCAAUGUGGCACUGGAUUCGGUGGAAAUUACAUUCAAAGACCAAUACAUGGGACGAUCGGAAAUGUGGCGACUCAAAACUUAUUUGACAAAUACGUGCGUGUAUACCAAUAAAAAGAUCGAAUACUGCACAUCAUCGAUUCGAUGUCAAAUCUAUGAGCUAUGGUCACAAGGUGAUCGUGUUGCGUGUGGUGUCAUCACUGAGGAUACAAAAGUCGUGUUCCGAAGUAGCACAUCGAUGGUUUAUCUCUUCAUACAAAUGUCAUCGGAAAUGUGGGACUUUGACAUUCACGGCGAUCUGUACUUCGAAAAGGCUGUCAAUGGUUUUCUCACUGAUCUGUUUAUGAAAUGGAAGAAAAUGGGUUGUAAUCAUGAGGUGACAAUCGUAUUGUUUUCGCGAACAUUUUACGCAGCUAAAAGUUUGGAGGAAUUCCCACCGACGAUGCGUGAGUGCCUGCAAAUGGACUAUAAGGGUCGAUACUAUGAGGAUUUCUAUCGUGUUGCCAUUCAAAAUGAGCGAAACGAUGACUGGAGCCCCUCCAUAUUGGUUCAGUUGCGAAAAUUAUUUACGGCAUAUCAGAGCAUUGUAUUGCAUUAUCAUGAACGACCCGGAGUCACAAUUCCACCAGCCACGAAUUCAACCGCAGCCCAAGGGAACUUCCUAGAAGUGCUGAAUAUUUCGUUGAAUGUCUUCGAGAAACAUUAUUUGGAUCGGAGUUUCGAUCGCACGGGGCAGCUUUCGGUUGUGAUUACGCCCGGUGUUGGUGUGUUUGAGGUCGACCGAGAACUGACCAACAUCACAAAACAACGGAUUAUAGACAAUGGUGUGGGCAGCGAUUUGGUUUGUGUUGGCGAGCAACCGCUUCACGCAGUGCCUUUGCUGAAAUUCCAUAACAAAGACUCAUCGAUUGAUGCCAUCGAUGAUUAUUCUAUGCCCCAUUGGAUCAACUUGAGCUUCUAUUCAACCAAUAAAAAGGUUGCAUAUUCAUCAUUCAUACCGCGCAUCAAGUUGCCCCCAUUACGAUCGCCAUCGGACAAAGAAGAUGAAAAUAAAGAGAAUCAACGACAGAAAUUUAGCGUUGAUUCACAUCAAAGUGAAUAUAUUCAUAACUCAUUAUUUGAUUACGAUGCAUAUGACGCACAAAUAUUCACGCUGCCCUCGAUUCACGGGACAUGUUCUCUGCAACGGAAUCCGAGAGCGAAAAAGUCCUCCGUGCCAAAUAUCGAUAAUGAUGCGAUAAUGAAUAUUUCCGAGUCAAUGACAACAAUUGACAAGCAAACAAGAAACCAUGUGCCAAUCAACGAGUCAAAGGUAUUGACGCGACCUGGUCGUGCCUUGAUUAAUCCGUUUGCUCCGUCGCAUGUGACAAUAAAAUUGACUUCAAACCGACGGCGAUGGACACACAUUUUCCCAAAAGAUCCGACCGGUGUAUUGAUUCAGCAGCAUCACUACCAGGCGGUUCCAACGAAUUCCUUCAAUUUUGUUACGGAUGACAACAAUCAGACGAAUUCCCCACGACCAAUCCCCACAAAUAGAUCACUAACACAAUCAUUCACUGGCAGCAUUUGUAGUUUAUCGAGCAUUUCUGAAUAUAAGAGAAAAUCGUCAGCAUUACAUUCACCGGCUGGUCCAAUGGUGACAGUUGAACCGUCAAAAACGUUAACACUAUUGUGGGGUGCGACUGGUGAGCAAGAAUGGACACCAGCCCUUACAACGGGACACGCAGCCGGCAAAAUAAUCAUAGGUGUGGACUGGAAAUCGUUGACGAUUCCGGCCUGUUUGCCAAUCACAACGGAUUAUUUCCCCGAUCAACGAUCACUGCACAACGAUUAUGUUGUGUCCGAUUAUACUUUGCUGCCGGACAGUGUGAACGCAGAGUAUGCCGCUAAUCGAGCUAUUUAUCGCAAACCAUUGACCACCGAAGAAGUGUUCAGAGAGUUGAUAUCGCAACGAUUGGCUCAGGGUUUCCAAUUGAUUGUGAUGCCCGAUAAAAACGAAGUGAAUCUAAACAUUUCACAUUAUAUGCAUUCAUCGCGACCGAGUUCGGGUAGUGGCAAUGUGUCAAUUAAUCAUUUGAAAUGCGGCACAAAUAUGAUAUCGAAAACAUCGACGCCGGUGCGUUCAUCGAUUGUGCAGCCCACCAACGGCACUGAACGAACUAAGGAAUUUUUGUUGUCUAUCGGUCGCAUCUUCCAUAAGAUAGGAUUAGUCGAUUCGGAAAUCACAGUCACACGAUAUCGUCCACGGCAUCCGUAUCCACCGAUCAACGUUGACUAUCGAUACCGCUUCCAAGCGCCACAACAUUCAACCUAUGAAAUAUCUGGCGUAAAUUUCACCACGGAAAAACUCGAGCACUUCAAUUGGAACUACAUGGAUCAAUAUAUUUGCACGCGUGGCGACACCGAUUAUUUAUUGCAAGAGAACUUGAAAUAUUGGCGUUAUCGAAUGUAUUUACUGCCGAAGGAGCAUCCGGCCACAAAGAAAAUUCUCGAGAGUCCGACAGCAAUUCCGUGCGAUAUUUACAUCGAUAACCAUGUGGAUAGUGUGAAACAGCAAAUUGACGAUUUCAUCCGUUUCGUUGAACAACAUCUCAAUAAAUUGCGCAAAAGUCACAUUCAACGAAGCACGACCAGGUUACUGUUGCAGGGAAGCCCCACAGUCCAACAAAGUCAUCUGACACGACGUCGACACAGUACCAGCAUUUUACCAAGACCGCCGCCACAGGUAUUGGCCAAUUCGCCAUUCAGAGAACGAUUGGGAAGCAAUCGAUUGCCAGCCACACGUCCAAGAUCUGGCAGCAAGGUCUUUGACCGAAGCAACAGCACGAAAGUGAUGCAAGCGUCCGAUGCAUCGAUGUCAUUAAACCCAGAACCAAGCCUAGUUAUUACGACGGAGGACAACGAAGAAACAUUUUUGACUGAAACCAAAUUAAACGUUGCUGAUGCGACAAUCACUGAAAUAUUCGAAGCAUUCCGACAUCCGGCGACGGGCGUUAGUUUCUUAGCAAAAGUGCAAAGUUUACCAUCGCAUACAUUUGUAUCGUACGAUGCCAUCAAUUGGUUAAACAAUCGCAUUGAUGGUCAAUUCAAUGCCAUCGAGAUAUUGGAACGAAUGCGAAGAGAGGGGAUGAUUUGCCAUGCAUCGGGUGAAAUAUCGAAGCCAAUUGUGGCCGGGUACUUUUUGUACUACAUUGUGCUGCAAGACACAAAAUCAAAAGACUAUGUCAAGCCAUUGAAUGAUCUAGAAGCGUUUGAAAAUGAAUGGAUGGAAAUCGAGUUGAAGUACGAUAACACACCAAAUACCAAAGAAUUGAAUGUGCCACGAUAUUUGCACGAUUCGGUUGAGAUGCACUUUUUGGAUGGUCCCGUUUACAAGCAGCUGCACUUGGAAAUUGAUCCGACGCAAAAGAGUGAUCGUGUUGAAUGGGGCCAUGUGCGUUAUCAUACAACGGUAACGCCGGGCUAUGCAUUCGAAUUGGUUGUGCAAUGGUUGACCGCCUCCGGUCCAAUUGUUUACGAAUUAAUCUAUGGCUGGAUUCGAAAGGCACAAUUAUGCGGUUUCAAUCUUGUGCCAAUCCCGGCCGAUCUUUUGGCUGAGCCAUUCACCGAGAAAUCCGAUCCACUGCGGGGACCAAUUUUUAUCCCUCUGAAUACGACGUGUUUGGAAAAGGAUGGAAAUUUAUUAUUCAAAGAGUUUCGCAAAGAAACACUCAACGAUCGCUUGAUUCUAUUCCAAGAAGCAAUUGUAGCACGGUUUGGUUUCAUGCCAGCAUAUGUGGAAACGAAAAUGGGCUCGAAUGAAUCGUCAUUCGAUCGGCAGUACGUUCAUUGCACUGGGAAUAUGUUUGUUUUAGUGCCUUCACCGCAUCAAGGCUUGAAAAUUCGUCGUCGCCUUGCUUCGGGCAGCAAACUAAAGAAACCCACCUUCAUCAAGCGAUACCCACUGAACAACGUCUACACCGAAUCACAAAGCACAACUCACGACACAUACGUGACGCGUCAUGUCAAUCUACUGAAAACAAAUGAAUUCGACGUACCGCGAAAGAUUGGCUUUUUAUGGUCAUGGAAUCACAUGGUGCCGAACAAAAAAUGGAAAUCAUUUGUAUUGAACAGCUCACCUGAGGGAGAACUAUUCCAAUUGCGUAUGUUGGCCGAUUUCAAAGACUUUUGCUCGAAUCAAAAUGACCGUUUAGUACGGUUUUACGAAGAGUGUUGGGAGAAAAAAGAAGCGGCUAUUCAAAGUUCCGAAGAAUAGUCGCAUCAUUCAACAAUUUGCAUAAGCUAUUUAACGAAAUAAACAGAAUUUACUGUAAAAACAAACGGACGCUAAACGAAUAGAUGAAUAAAAAACAUUACGAAAACUAAAA